AUACUCGUACAUAUGUAUCUUUGAAUUUGCUGGUCGUGGAUUAACGCUUAAUUUAUUUUUGAUUGCUGCCAAGGGAACAAACUAAACGUAGCGCAGAGCGCAUUUGUUGACAUUUGGAUGUUGUCGGAACUCAACUUGAUAUUAAAUGUGACACCAAAAGCGAACCACGGAAUACACGAUCGCACGAGCAACGCUAUCGUCCACAAGGGGGAAAAGGAAGACUGCAGGAGUAAACACUCGACUUCGAAGGGGGUUGAAAAUUCGAAAGAAGAAGCGCAGCUGAAAUGCUCGCCUAAAAGGGCGAUCCUGUAAGGACGAGAAAGAGAACGGGGACGAGGACGUGUUGCUGCUUUAUCAGUCAUGCGUUGCUAGCACCGCCAGAUGAACUGCUAAGGGUUGGAGACGGAUCACGAACCACGUGCCACGAACCCCGUGUGCUUCGUUCUUAUCUUAAAGCUUACAGACCGAGAACCGACGUCCCCUGAGGGUGUUGAAAAAAGAGCAGAUGUGUCGAGCUGUCGAGUCAACAAUUGCAGCUCAAUAAAGGACGCGGCACCACAAACAAAAAAAGAAGAACAAAAAAACCGAACCAAAACUAUGCAAGGCGCGUGCUUGACAUGCGCAAGGAACUUAAGUGAACCCUCCUCCUCAACUUGGAACUGAACUUCUGCCUUCUGCUGCUUGUGCAAUCUUGUUAGCUUUGACUUUUGUGCUUUGGCAAGUUGACGAAAUUUUUGUAGCUUAGAAUGUCGGCGGAUAAACAUUUAGAAAUUGUAGAAUUCGGUUUGGCAGAUGAGAGUGUGGCUAAAAUAAAAGCAGCAGCGGCAGCAGUUGACGAGAAAGCACCCAAAACAUUGAAAACAUCUGAAAAGGAGAACUGCUAUCAGCUUAAAGGUGGCAUCACCGCAGCAGCCACCGCAGCAGCAGUCACAAUCACAGCAACAACAACAGCAACAUCGACAGCAACAAAAGUUUCUGGAGCAGUGUCGAGCGGUGCCAAAGCGGUGCCAGCGACUCCAAGCAACGCAACGGUUCGCUUAAGUGAUUCCACCACAGUCGACGAUGCUGCCGCCGAUGGGAUGAACAACGGUUCCGAUCUCAAGCUACAAUCGUAUGUGAAUGGCAAUGGCAAUGGCGUCUACAAGAUCAUUCGGACACUGGGCAAGGGUAACUUUGCAAAGGUCAAGCUGGCCAUCCACAUGCCCACGGGUCGCGAAGUGGCCAUCAAGGUGAUAGACAAGACGGAAUUGAAUGCGACAGCGAGGCAGAAGCUGUAUCGCGAAGUGCGCAUCAUGAAGCUUCUGGAUCAUCCGAAUAUUGUGCGACUCUUCCAGGUGAUCGAAUCGGAGCGCACGCUUUAUCUGAUCAUGGAAUACGCGAGUCGCGGCGAGCUCUUUGAUCAUCUGGUGAAGAACGGUCGCAUUCGCGAGCGCGAUGCCCGCGUCCUGUUUCGCCAGUUGGUUUCUGCCAUACAAUAUUGCCACAGCAAGUUUGUUGUGCAUCGCGAUCUUAAGGCCGAGAAUCUGUUGCUUGAUCAGCACAUGAACAUCAAGAUUGCCGAUUUUGGCUUCGGCAACACCUUCAAUCCUAAUGCUCAGCUGGAGACGUUUUGCGGCAGUCCGCCCUAUGCAGCCCCCGAACUGUUUAUGGGUCGCAAGUAUGCGGGUCCCGAGGUCGAUGCUUGGUCACUGGGCGUGGUGCUCUACACGUUAGUCAGCGGUUCGUUACCCUUUGAUGGUGGCACAUUGAAGGAACUGCGGGAACAUGUGCUCCGUGGCAAGUACCGAGUACCGUAUUACAUCUCCAUGGACUGCGAGAAUCUGAUGCGCAAGUUUCUGGUGCUUAAUCCGGGCAAGCGAACCACGCUCAACGCUGUCAUGGCCGACAAGUGGCUCAAUCUGGGCUACGAGGACACGGAUCGUCUGCGUCCGUUCCAGGAGCGUCCGCUGGAUCUGCAGGAUCCGCUGCGCAUCGAGCAACUGCUGGGCAUGGGCUACAAGCGACGCGAUGUGCUCAAUUCGCUGCGGACGCAAGCUUUCGAUGACAUCUACUGCAGCUACAUGCUGCUCGCACUGCCCAAGCCGCGUAGCUCACGCCAUGCAUCCACCUCGGAUGCCUCAGAACCGUCGCAGGCCAGCUCAGCAGCAGUCAAACAGCUGGCAGCCACACAUCGUCCGGUGGCGCCGCGAUUGCCCAAUGUAGCGCCUACUGUGGUCAGCAGCACAGCGUCCACCUCUACGUCCAUUGUCACCGCACCUCCAGCCAAGCCCACGCGUCGCACCUUCACACGCAGCAAGAACGCCGCUAGCAACACUGCGAAUCCUGCCUCCGCCUCCAUAUCGAGUACUCGCUCGCCACAAACGCCGCACAGCAAACGCUCCAGCAGUGCUGCCAGCGGCAAUGGUAACGCUGUCGAUGUCAAGCCCACGCUGUUGAGCGCUCAACGACAGCUGGCGCAGACCCAGAAGAUGGCUAAUUCGCCGCAGCGUUACUUCUACCAGGGAUCUUCCGCACGACGACCCACAACACUCUACGAGAAGGGGGACGCCGGCUCACCUAUGCCCAGCACGCCGGGCACACCGUCGACCACGAGUGUUCGCCAGCACAAGUCACCCAUGUCGGAGCGACGUCCGCUGGCGCAGGCUGCGGUGAUGGCCACCGCUCAAGUUGUAGCCGGGCAACCGGAGAAGCCAUCGGAGAAGCACUUUACGCGAAGCAAUGUGGCGCGUGCCACGUUCCACUUUGGCCAGGGACGCAGUGGCAAGCAUGGACGCAGUGCCGCCAGCGAGGACGACGGCUACCAGGCUAUGGCGCCACCGUUGUCGGCCGAUGACACCAAGCCCGCUUCCCGUGUCGGAUUCUUCUCGAAGCUGACGGCACGUUUUGGACGUCGUGUUAUUCAGUUGAAUGAGAAGGAGACGUGCGAGCAGCGCAAGAAUCUCACCAAGUAGCAUGUUCUCCUUCUCACUCACACACACUGCACACAUACGUAUAUAGACAAGAGACAAGUACACAAUAGCUAGUAGUUUUUGUAUGUAAUGGAUACCGAGAAAUUGCUUUCGCUGUGCGCUGCCAAGUACAAAAGAAAACUUAAGAAAAACCCUUAAGAGAAAAAGUAAACAUAACUAAUCUAAAAGGAUGUGCUUUAGUAGUAGUGAAAGAACAUCGAGUGGAAAAAGUCUGCGUGAAAAUUGUGAACUGCUAAUUAGAACAAUAAGUGAUAGUAGAGUAAAUACUUAGUUGGUAUAUUUUAUAAACUUAAUGACAAGAAAUUAAAAUAACAUUAAACCUAAAUAAUAUACACACUAGACGGAAUACUAUAGUGACGAGUUUGCAAUAAACGUU